GUCUGCUUUUCACCGUCAUCGACGUUAUCAAUUCUUACGAUAAGCUUACCGGGUUCAGUGUUCUUUGACUCUCAGUCUUUUUUUUUGCUCUGCUCUUUUUUUCUUUUUAUCGUCUUAUCGAGGACUAUCGACGGGUAUCGAUCCUGGACCCGUCGAUAGGCGAGAGGUCGUUGUCGAUCCAUGACGUCAGUCGAGAAUACCUAUUGUACUUGUUGCAGGAAGCUUUUACACUUUUGUGAGGAAGCUUCUCUUGCAAGCCUCUUGUGCUUUUAGUAGUUUUGCGCUGGAUUAUAUCUAUGCAGUUUUACCUUGCACGCUGCACGUAGGACGUGUGAACAGCUCUUGUUGAAAAUGUCCUUUACGAACAACGUGAUGAAACUAUUUCUGUAUAAAGAAGUUUUCAGAGACAUUGUGAUUUUGGUGAAUUGUAAAAUACAAUAAGGAGGAACAAUCAUUUAAAAUUUGUUGAUAAACAAAUUUACAUAUUUGUUAAAAAUGGAGUCUGGUCAAGGGAAGAAACAAAUUCGUGUAGGAUUUUAUGACAUUGAAGGGACUAUCGGUAAAGGAAAUUUUGCAGUGGUAAAAUUAGCUAGACAUCGUAUUACUAAGACAGAGGUGGCUAUUAAAAUAAUUGAUAAAACUCAGUUAGACCCUACCAAUCUUGAAAAAGUCUAUAGAGAAGUAGAAAUAAUGAAGCAAUUGGAACAUCCACAUAUUGUCAAAUUAUAUCAAGUUAUGGAAACAAAAAAUAUGAUAUAUAUGGUGUGUGAAUAUGCAAGCAAAGGUGAAAUAUUUGACUAUAUUGCACGGUAUGGACGAAUGGGUGAACCUAGAGCUCGUGCAACAUUUGCUCAAAUACUUUCUGCGGUUGAAUACUGCCAUGCAACGGGUGUAGCGCAUCGUGAUCUUAAAGCUGAAAAUUUACUCUUAGAUGCUCAGAUGAAUGUGAAGAUUGCUGACUUUGGCUUUAGUAAUAGAUUUUCUCCUGGUGAAAGAUUAAGUACGUGGUGUGGUAGUCCCCCUUAUGCAGCACCAGAAGUUUUUAGAGGAAAACAUUAUGCUGGUCCUGAAAUUGAUGUGUGGAGUUUAGGCGUUGUAUUGUAUGUAUUAGUAUGUGGAGCACUGCCCUUUGAUGGAUCUACUCUUCAGUCUUUAAGAGAUCGCGUUUUGAGCGGAAGAUUUAGAAUUCCGUACUUUAUGAGCACAGAUUGUGAAAGUUUAAUACGUAAAAUGUUGGUUUUGGAACCUGCCAAGCGAUAUACCAUUCCUCAAAUAAAAAGGCAUCGCUGGAUGGCCGGCUCUGCAGACACCAUUUGUUCAAUGAUAAUAACAAGAUCAUCAUCAUCCAUCCAAGAACCAAAUGAGCAAAUACUUCGACUUAUGCAUAGUUUAGGCAUAGAUAUUACACGAACUAGAGAGUCAUUAAGAAACAGCAGCUAUGAUCAUCAUGCGGCUAUUUAUUUCUUGCUGUUGGAAAGGUUGAAGCAACAUCGUAUCAGCAGUACAGCAAAUAAUACUUGCUGGCCAGGUGUUGCAAGAACAAAAGAAGACAAAUUCAAAUCAAGAACAAGAGAAGAUACAACACGAGGUGGAAAGAGGUUCAGUUCAACAAGCUCUUCUACCGAUGAAGGAUGUUGUAGCGCGGAAGGCGAUUUAGAAGAAGGUCCAAGCGGUGAUGAAUUAAGAGAAGCUCAAAUUAAACUCGAGGAACAUAGAUUAGGCCUAGAUCAUGAUAUCAGUCAACGAAUUGACAGUCAAAUAGUCAAUCGAAGAUUAAGCGAUUAUCAGCAACAUUUUGAUACCCCACUUAUGGAUUCUAUUGAUCCUCCUAGUCGGACAUUAUUUAUCGCGGGUGGUAGCGGUAGUUCAUCGUCCGAGCUUUUCGAGUCUAGUUUUGACUCUGGUUGUCCACCAGAUUACUCAGGGACAAAUUCGUUCACGAGUAGCUUACCUUCUUGCACACCUCCACCACCUAUGAGUCCAUCACCAAUAACGGGACGAAUGUCAAGAGUUUCUCAAGGGCGUAGAGCUUCUGAUGGUGGACCUAGAUUAUUAUUCUAUCAACAAGGUGGGGGAGAUAGGCCAACCAAGCAACGAAGUAUCCAAGAUUCUGGUAAAGCUAGAGGUCAUUUGGACCUUGUUCAUUUGAGACCACCGUCUACGCCGCCAGAGAAUCAGUCACAGUUCAAAAUUCGAGGAGACUCCAGUACGCAAUUACAGUUGUUAGUUCAACAACGUAUGUUGCAACAAAAACGAAACUUAUAUCACAGACACAGAGGUGGAGGAAGUCCAACACCGAUACCGGUAUCAACAAGUACCACGAGUAGACGCACUGAGCACGUACCAAGGCAGGACAGUUACAAAUUAGCUCAAAGGACACAAAUCUUGCCACCUUUAUCUCAGGGACACGUUGAUAGAGACUUUGUCGAUAGAGAAAGAAAACGAGACGAAGAAAGAUGGAAAAGUCUACCAUCUCGACUAGCAGCAGAUUGUCAGUUGGCAGAAAGGACACUGCUGUGGAGCCAACAGGUGGGCCUUAGUGGAGGAGCAUCAUAUUUGCCACCUGGCAGUGUAGGUGGCUUUUUAUGGCCCACUGGAAGCAACCCUCAUUCAACCAUCUUCGAAAACGUUGGGGAUCCAAUGGAAUGAACAUCUACCCUGUUGUACUUUUAGUAUUGGAGAUUUUGAGUCUGAAAGACUAGACUAGACACAUAUAAAAUACAAUAAGCAGUAUUGCCUUCCUAGUCUUUCCAUAUCAGUAUUUUUAUUUAUAUAAUUAUGUAUUUUCUAAGUGUCCAAGAACAAUGUUGUAUACAUUUCUUUGUAGAAGGAUUUCCUCCAUGAUAAUCUAGCUUUCAUACACAAAAUCUUUGAUUGAAUGGAAGGUACGUGUUACUAAAUGUCAAAGACUUGUCCCUUUUGAAUAAUCUUCUUUUCUGAAACUGCUUUGAAACCACUCAUACUUUAUCAUAUAUAUUUAUACAAUCAUAUACGUCAUUCAUAGGAAAGUUAUAUGUAUCACAUAUAGGUAUAUAUAUAUAUAUAUAAUGAAAAUGUAUUGUUAUUAAAAAUCUUUGUCGUGUAGUAACACGUGCACCUGCCUUAUUGAUUGGCUGAUUUUGUCAGUCAAAUAUCCAAUUAUAUCAUAGACUGAUAAUUAACAAGAAGAAACACCAACCAAGUUUAUAUUCAUAAGCAAGUGGCAUAUGUCUUGCUAUACAAUGGCUCUGUUUAAUUGGAAGUACAGCGUGUAUACUUGUGCAUAUAUGAAUAAUAAUUAUUAAAGAAUGUUUUUGGCGUGCUUCCUCAAUGCACUUCAACGAAUAAUCUUAUAAUAAUAACAGUAUUCUUUUCAUACACUUUCGUCGCUUAUUUUAUAUUAAUUUUUAUUAUAUUUCUUUAAAAUAAAUGUGAAAUAUUUAUUACCGAGUAAAAUGUAAAAAGUAACUUGAUUUAAUUUGAAGCAUGACAUUGUAAUCAUAAUAUAUAAUAUAAGAAAUACAAAUAUUGUAAUCUUCACAGGAACAACUGUUAUUUUAAAGUAGAUGCAAGAAAUAUGCCACUUAUGCUUUUUUAUGCAAUUAAUCGAAGAGUGGAGUUAUAAAAUGAAAGAAACCACGUUAAUGUUUUUUGUUAUACAUUUUUAUUAAUAUUGUUGUACAAAACCAAAUGUUUCGUCGGAUUCCACUCUUCAUUACGAUCGUUAUAGAGAACUAAGAAAUGAUACAAACAAUAAAUAGUGAUAAUUAGUAGCUGCUGUUUAAAGAAAUAAAAAGAAAAGUGCUGCAUUCUGUAAAGAUGUUUAAAUAAAAUUGUUGUAUACAUGAUCAUAAACGAAAGUAGUAAUUGUUUGUAUUAAACAUUAAACGUUUUAUAUAGCUUUUAUUUGUCGCAAGGUGUACAAAUUAUUUCAAUAAUUAUACAUAAUAUUAUCACUCAAAACUGUUUAUAAUAAAUUGUUAUUUUAUUCAAAAUGGAAAACCGAAUGAGUCUGUUUUAUGAAAUUCUUACAAUAUUGUAUUUAAAUAAAAAAGAAAGAAACCAGUAAUAAAAAAAAAAUUCGUAAAACCAGAAAGUUUUUACAUUUAUAUACGAAUACAGCACUUUUUUAAAGCAAAUAUAUAAUUAGAUUCUGGUAGUCUAGUCAGUAGAAAGCAAUACCGGCCGCGCACAACUGACAACGACUUUAAUAUUCAAAUUUUCCGCAAUUUUUUACCCAACAAAACAAUCAAACUUCGCUCAAAAAGUCUUUUGAUAAGUGAAAAAAAGUAGCUGUUAAGUUAGCAUAAUCUCGACCCGGCAAAUUGUUCUUAAAAAGACAGUCCAAGAAUAAAUUAAAAAGACCGCUGGAAUUGAAAAUCGGUUUUGACACUGCUGCGCAUCACCGUCUAUCCUUUUUUUGAACAAGUGCGACAUUGCAUUAAAGAAAUUGAUUUACUAGUAAUAUAUUUACGUAAAUAAUAUACCAAUAAAUUUCGCAACAUCAUUUUUAUUAAUAACAACAGUGAUUUUUGUCAAAAUUACACAACAGAAUUAUUAUUUGGCCAUAUACUGCAACGCGUGCAAAUACUUUGUAAAAUAAUUAUUUACUAUCAGAUAAUGACGCAUUAAGAAAUAUUGUACAAUAAUCAGAUAAUAAAAAUACAAUAAAUAAACUCCAGUUGAAAUUAAGGAUUUUCUACUAAAUUAAACGAUUUUCUUGAAGUCAUGUAUGAUGGUAAAUAAUUAUUAUUUAAAAUUGCGAAAUUAUCAACAAGUGUAUACAUUGCGCGUAUGAACAUAUUGAAUAAAAUCAUAU